CCUUGACCUACACCACAACACAGGCAUCUGUCUUAUCAUAAUCACCUGACUCUUCAUUUGUGUCGAGAGCAUUAGUGUUGUCUACUGACAUUUCAACGUACAAGACCUUGUUGGGCAACACACGACUAACGGGUCGUAUUUCGUUUCAUCAUGUCCAAACUUCAAGAUUUUUGGGUUGAGGGCACUAUUACAGCUCCCCUGACACCGUUUAAAAAGAACGGCGAUCUCAAUCCAGACAUAUUGGACAAAUAUGUGGAUUUUCUGGUCAACAACAAAAUCGAUGGUGUUUUCGCCCUGGGCACUAUGGGGGAAGGCAUGUCACUCACGGUCGCAGAACGAAAACAAGCAGCGGAAUCCUGGGUUCGAGCCUGCAGGAACAAAUUAAAGUACGUCAUAGUACAAGUUGGCACAGAAAAUCUACGAUCUACCAAGGAACUGGCCCAGCAUUGUCAGCAGGUUGGCGUGACGGCCAUUGCGUGUCUUGCACCAUCGUACGUCAAGCCAGACUCUGUUGAUGCUCUUGUUGACUACAUGGAGCAAGUGGCUGCAUGUGCACCCGACCUUCCAUUCUAUCUUUACGAUAUCAACUUCAUGACAGGAAUAUACCUGAACAGUGCCGAGUUCCUUGAGAAGGCAGGCAGUCGGAUUCCCAACCUCAGAGGACUCAAAUUUUCAUGCAGGGAGCUUCCAUAUUUACUGGAUUGUAAAAGUUGCUGUGGAGGAAAGUUCCAAGUGAUGCUUGGCUCUGAUGAGCAAUUCCUCACAGCACUGUCUAUUGGAGUAGACGUGCCAGUACUGAAUGGCUACAUUGGACCUACGUUUGACAAACUCCGUACCGCAUUUAGAAACGGAGAUAUGGACACGGCUCAACAGCAACAGAAAUUUGCCAGGCAGCUUGCACGGAUAACUGCAAAGCACGGAGGCGGGAUGCCUGCUGUCAAAGCUAUAAUGGAACUGCUGGGAUUGGAUCUUGGACCUGUCCGUCUUCCACUUCUACCAAUCACAGCACAACAGAAGGAAGGACUUAAGAGAGAUCUGCAAAAAAUCGGCUUCCUGUAACUGACAAUAAGCAGCAUACAUACUCAGUUAUUUGGUAAUUCAUAGAUCAAUUAUUAUACUAUUUUAUGAAAACCAGAAACUUACUGCUGUUAAGGGCACAGGCCCAUGGUGCGUGUUGCAGUAUUACAAAUCUACCCAGAGGUAUAAAGUAGCUAAAUAUGAAAUGAUCGUGCAGUGAUCAUGAGCAUGCUUGUUAAAUGUCAUUUUAUUUAAUACACUGAUCAUCAUAUACAGUAUAUUGUAAAAAACUUAGAGGUAUUGAUCAAGCCAGUAAAGUUAUUGCAUAAAA